AUGAAUAUCUUUCGACUGGCUGCAGACUUGUCGCAUCUCAUUGCUAUUUUCAUACUUUUCACAAAAAUGUGGACAACCAGAUCAUGCGCAGGUAUUUCGGGUCGUUCUCAACUUCUCUUCGCACUCGUCUUUACGUCACGAUAUUUGGAUCUCUUCACAAAUUACGUAUCACUAUACAAUUCAGUGAUGAAGAUAUUCUUCUUGGUCUCGUCAUAUGGAACUUGUUAUUUGAUGUGGCAUAAAUUCAAAGCUACUUAUGAUCGCAAUCAUGAUACAUUUCGAGUGGAACUCGUAUUAGUACCAGCCGCCGUUCUCGCACUUUUUGUCAAUCAUGAUUUCACACUGAUGGAGUCGGUGGCAAUAAUGCCACAACUAUUUAUGUUAUCACGAACUGGAAGUGCAGAAACAAUCACAGCGCAUUACUUGUUUGCGUUAGGUUUAUAUCGAGCACUUUAUAUCCUGAAUUGGAUAUAUCGUUACUACACGGAAACGUUCUUUGAUCCAAUCGCGGUGGUUGCCGGUGUUCUACAGACUGUUCUGUAUGCAGACUUCUUUUAUUUGUAUGUUACAAGAGUGAUCCGACAACGCCGUAAUCUUGAGCUGCCUGCUUAG